UAUAAACAAAAAUGCCAAGUAGCAGUUGAUUAGUCGGCGUUGUAUGAAUCAGCAGACCCAGGUGAUCGACAAUAAUCGGAGUAAGAGCGAGAGUUCAGACUUCGAUUGACCGACCAGACCGAUACGAUACUGAAGUUCAACAGUUUUGGAACUUCACGAUUUCUCGCUUUUCGAGUGAUCGUUUUGGGGUAUUCGUUGCGAUGGUGAAUCCCAUGGUCGAACGCGCCACUAGCAAUAAGCUGAUAGGCCCAGACUGGGCCGUGAACUUGGAGAUUUGUGAUAUGAUCGAGAGAGAUCCUGGGAAAGCAAAAGAUGUUUUUAAAGGAAUAAAGAAGCGCCUUGGAAGUAAGAACCCCAAAGUUCAGCUUCUUGUCCUAGUACUCUUGGAGACCAUCAUCAAGAAUUGUGGGGACAUUGGUCAUGCGUAUGUGGCCGAGAAGGGAAUUCCUCGUGAGAUGGUAAAGAUUGUAAAGAAGAAGCCUGACUUUCGUGUCAAAGAGAAGAUAUUGCUCCUGAUAGAUAGCUGGCAAGAGGCCACAGGAGGACCAACCGGACGAUAUGCACAAUAUUAUGCUGCUUAUCAAGAACUAUUGCGUGCUGGGGCAGUUUUCCCCCAGAGAUCAGAGAUGUCAUCGCCUGUACUCACACGUCCGCAAAGACAAGCGGGAUCGUAUGGUCAGAAUCUGCACAAUCCUGAUUAUCAGCCAGAUGCUCCAGGAUCCUCUGCACAUGUUAAAUCUUCAACUUUAAGCUUGACCGAGAUCCAACUUGCAAGGGGAGUGGUGGAUGUGCUUGCUGAGAUUCUAAAUACAUUAGAACCAGGAAACAAGGAGGGCAUUAAGCAGGAUGUCGUCGUUGACUUGGUAGAACAAUGCCUUAAUUACAAGCACAGGGUCACUCACCUUGUGAAUUCAACGUCGGAUGAAUCAUUGCUCUGCCAAGGAUUGUCACUUAAUGACGAUUUACGACGUGUACUUUCCAAGCAUGAAGCCAUUACUUCAGAAACUUCUGUUCAGAAAGAGAAACCCAAGCCUCAAUUGGUUGAAGCACGUCGUGAUGCUCGUUUGCCUCUUCGUAACACCGGUGAUAACAACAACCCACAACCUGAGAGCUCGAUCUCGAAUACUACUGUCUCAGGCACACAAACGGUAAAUGAGUCGGUCCGUGCACCUCCUGCUACUGAUGGUCCGGCUUCUCCAGCUAAGUUUGAUCCCAAAUUGGACCUACUGAGUGGUGAUGACUACCUUUCUCCAGGGGCAAACACUUCACUGGCUCUUGUUCCUUUGACCAAACAGCAGCCAACUACUUUAUCUGAGCAGACCGCUCUCGUCCUCUUUGACCAAAGCGAUGCUUCGGUCUCAAACUUACAUCAGCACCAGAAUUUUCAGUCCCCGCAGGGUGGACUGUACCACCUCAAUGGAACUGUCCAAACCCCCGGAUCGUCUCACUGGAAGCAGUCACUAUACACAAAUGCUUCUGGUCCUGGUCCUGGUCCCUCCAUGAAUAGACAGCAACAACCCCUGCCACUUACUCCAUAUAAUGGUUCUCUAAACAACCAGUCAUUUCCGCCGCCACCAUGGGAGGCUCAGCCUGGGGAUGAUAAUGGUUCGAUGGCUGGUGAGCAUCCCUAUUCAAUGAAGGUAACUCAAGUUGUUUUCACGCAUGUGCAGAAUGGUCUGUAUCCACAGGGACCUCGACCAAUGGGAAACGACCAAUUUGUAGGUGUGUACGUCCAGCCAAUUGUAGGCAGCCAGAUUUCAGCACAUAAUGGCCAGCUCGACUUGGCCCCUCACACCUUCCAUGGAGGGCCUUAUGGAACCAUGCUACCACAGCAGACAGGGCAGAUGACAGCUCUGUAUCCUUUGCAAAUGUUUGGCAACCAAUUUCAUGGCUAUGGCCUCAUCCAGCCACAGCCACAGCCACAGGGGACACAGUAUCUGACGCAGCGGGUGUAUGGGCUAUCCAUUAAAGAUGAUAAUGGCAUGAGAAAUUCGUCCUACCAGGUUUCUACUUCCUCUAAUGUGCCUCCCAUUAAGCAUUCUAAGCCUGAGGAUAAUCUGUUUGGUGAUCUUGUUGACAUGUCAAAGUUUAAGCCCAGGAAACCCAGCCUUGCGGCUGCUGGUAGCAGGUGAAAAACGAAUCCACUUCCUCCGUAUAUUUUGGACCACUGGGCUUUCUUUGAUUUAUGUUUGGGCUGUAUAAGUACGUUAUGUUAUAGGCAAUAAAUGUCAUAUGGUCAUAUCCAUAUCGAGAUGUGUGGAUCCAUGGGCCUAUGUAUAUAUAGAUUUG